CCUGAAGUCACCUGUCCAUCAAGAUCAAGCUCAGUCCAACGUAAACAUUACCCGGCAGACGAGAAUUUUUUUUCUCUUCACUCUAGGCGCGUGAUGUGUUUGAUGAUGUGACAAGGUGUUUUCCGGGUCUCUUUGUCCCUGUGUUCGAUUCACGGCCACACAUCCACGCCUUAACUUUUUUAUAAGUGGUCUGCAGUAGCUUAAGUUAAAAAGAGGGACGAAGAGAUGUCCCCAGCACUCCUCCACGCCCUGGCCCGGUCCCUCAGCCUCAGGGCCAAGGGGCUGGGCAGGGCGGCACAGGCGACACUCACCCUUGCAGUGGCCUCAGGAAGCAGGUGUGGAGUGGCAGCAGCAGCCAGAAGGGGCGUGGCAUGGGAGGUGCUGCCGGUCAGGUGUUGCUCAGGCCACACAACCUUCAGACCAAGCACUAGCUUCACAGGAACCCAAGAAGAGGAGGAGGAGGAUGACAGCCCAAGGAAAACCCUCACACCUCGCUCACCAAGACCCCCACACCUGACAGACCUUCAGAGCUCAGCAUCCCCAGACAGCUUCAUGUUACCGAGCCAGCACCAGCGGCACCAGAGUGAUCUUUUGGAGGCCAAGAUCUACGAGUGUGAGAGUGCCGAUGAGAUUUUCGAGGUUUACCAGAGACACAGGGAGGUGAUGGACACGAGGCACUGUUUGGCACUCAUCAGGAAGCUGAGUGAUCUUGUGAGCUUAGGUGACGAUAACACAGAGCUUCUCCAAAACGAGGACUUUGAGAUCCUGAGUAGCCAGCUGUUUGUGAAGUGCCGACGCAUGGAGGAGGACGAGCUGGUGACACUCCUCAAGUACCUGUGCCACCUAAGAGUGCCAUCCAACUCCAAGUUAACUCAGGCAGUCCUUCAGAUGCUGAAGAACCAGAUCAAUGACUUAUCCCUCAAGCAGAUGAUUUUCCUCGAUUUCCUACUGAGGAAGAUGCCACUAACGCCACUCUCUGACGCCCUGCUGACCGCCAUCCCCAUCCUGCUCAGCAACGCCCUCACCUCAGCGGCUCUCUCGGACCUCUCCCUCAAUGAUCUCUCCCAGGCCUUCACUAUCUGCUGUCAGGGGAAGGUGGAGGGGACCGGCACCCUUCUGCAGGAGAUGUAUAGCAGGGGAAGUGUGAGGAGCGUGUCAAUGGCCAUGAGUCUGGUGUGGACGCUCACCCAGAUGUCCUCCUCGCGCAUGCUGUCCAGACUUCUGACCACUGAGCAACAGCUGACGAGGGAUGUGAUCAUGAAGGAGUGCCUGGAGAUUCUUGCCAAGGAGACUGACGCCCUUUCACGAACACAGAUAGACUCCACCCUCACCAAGAUCUCCGACGGCUACACGAAGCGUGACCAGAGCUGUUACAAUGAGCGUUUCCUCCAGGCAGUAGCGUUGCACUCCUGCCGCACCUCCAUCCCCUUCGAACCCGCCGGCCACAUACUAAGGAAGAUGAUGAAGAUGUACUACCUCUCCGAUGAGCUGGUUCAUUACAUUGUGAGGGUCAUCAUCUCCAGGCCUGAGGAGGUGCCGGAAGCCAGGCUCGGUGUGCUGCCCAUCCUGUCAGCCCUGGCGGUCACCACGUCGCUGCCCAAACAUGACCUGAAGGAAGCGCUCGACAUCAUCAUGACCCACAAGUCCCUCAGGUUGGAUGCGGAGGAGUACUACAAGAAGCCCCUGCUUGUGGUGGCCAUAGACCUGCUGAGUGCUGGCUACUUCCACCCUCCCCUCAUGAACAUCCUCACCUCACCAGAUACCCUCAGCAUGUUCAUGUCCAAGUACCCCAAGGAUGACCCCAACCAAAAGCGGCUGUUAGUGGUGGACCAGGCACUCGGGCAGGUGUUCCAGUCUCCCUGCAGAGUUCCAGAGUCUUUUCUAGAGCCCGGGAGGAAGCUCUUGGCCAACCAGCCCCCCACCCGCUCCAGCCUCAAGGCCAUGCUGCUCCAGAUCCUGCACGACCCAAGCUGCCUCGUGUCUGGGGUGCUGGUGGAUGGGACUUAUAUAGACCACAUGCUAGCGUUGGAUCCCGAGGGUGUGCCAAUCAAGCUUAAGAGUGAUGAUAAUCCCCUCAUGAGGAACCCAUCCAUUGACACUCUGGAUGUGCCGCCCGAAGCUACCAAGCUCGCUAUACUGGACGUGGGCUCAUCCAUGGUCUUCAGGCCUACCAACAUACUACAGGGUCAACAGCGGCUACGUCAGACCAUCCUCGAGUCUGCCGGGUUCAAGGUCUUGCCGAUACUGCAGAGUGUUAUCUUCCAGCACCGGGACGAGGAGAAGCUGCUGUACGUCAAGAGGGAGCUGGCUAGUGGUGGUGGGGUGGCGCUGAGCUAGUAGGAUGUAGCUGUAUGACUGCCAAUCUGUACGCACUAGCUCGUUCCAACUAGUACUCAUGUCAGGGUAAAUGUUUCUGAUUAUUGAAGUGAGGUGUGAAAGUAAACCAUUCUCUUCUCUUCUUUUUUUGAACUUCCUUAUUUUCCCUUAUGGGGUUGGACAGGCUAUAGUUGAUAUUCCUAGACACUUCUGGCUCUCACAUCAUCUAUCUCCAAAGGCCAAAAAAGAGAUCAGUUGGGUUCUAAAGAGUGUUUUUUAGGUUCAUGGUAAGAAGAAGGGUCAAACUACCACCACGGUCAUUGAGGUACCUCCGAAAAUGCCCAAAACUCCUAUCAAAGCUGUGUCAAUAUGUGUGCUUGGGUUACAAAACGUUUAAGAGUAUGAUGCUUUGAGUCUCUCCCACCCUUGACAAUCGUAUACACCCUCCUCCCAGAUGUUCAUCCCCCUCAUGCCUUCCUCCACACACUGUCUCCAGGUCUUCUUCGGCAAGUAAACUGUUCCUAAGAUUGUAAAUAUUUCUUACUUUUUUGUACGUCUACUUACUACACUUAUUUCUUACUUGUAAACUCUUAUUUCAACUUGUCUGUCGUGGUUUAUUUUCGCACCUUAGCUCAACUUUGAUCCUAACAUGAGUACUAAUUGGAGUUCUUUGUACAAACUGGUGAGCAUACUCUAGUGAUUGUGAGGAGGAGGAAGAGGAGGAGGAGGAGGAGAGAAGACUGUGUAGGUUAGUUAGGUUAGGGUAAGUGGGUGGGUGGG